UCAAUUAAAUACAUAUAAUAAAUGCUAUGAGCAGUAUGUAUGGUGUAAGCAAACGCUCAUGACUAAUACUGACUUGGAGCUGAAGAUGCAGAGGCAGCACCAUGACAGAGGGCACCUUGAAAAGGCAGUUUGUGUCAUGGCAUUGGGUUACACAGGUAGACACACUAUGUAACCAAUUAGAGAGCCAGAGUAAGUAGCUAGAAUGUGAUGUACUGCAAGUGAGCCAGCAAGGUUGGUUGACAUCACUUUGUGUCUGCACAUGAUGUGGAGUUAAUAAACCAACCAUAGCCAGUACCAUUGCAUCUGCCUUGGAAUACAGGUAGGCUACUGACAAUUUUGGGACGGUGUAACCCAACAUCACAUCAAUUUUGUCUCCAGCAUUGCUGCUAGGGGCCUUGUUGCCUACAUGGUCGGUCUGGCAUGUGCCAGAGUUGCCCGUUGGCCAGUCAGAGCCUGCAUGAGUGAGUGACCAAGUGAGCACAUUUGCCCAACAUGACAGAAUGAUGCAGUUUAUGAUACUGACUGACAUAUAUUCUGAUCAAAAGCGCAAGCAAUGACAAUCUAUAAGCUUUCACUUCCUGAAAGUGACGUGGAAUGGCAAGUCGCGAUAGAAACAGUGCAUCUGUCAAACCCCUUUUGAGUGUAACCUGCGUGAGGACGUCCAUUAACCUGCAGAAGAUUAAACUUCAUUCACACAUAACGACUGAGUACCAUCUGAGCAGCCUAAGAGCAUCAGAAUGAGUUCAUCAGAUGAGGAAGAAAAAUCCACCAAGCCCAUCAAGAAGAUCUUUGUCAGGGGUUUGAGCCAGGAAGCGACCGUGGAAACCAUCAGGGAACAUUUCAGGGCCUUCGGAGAGAUUGAAAUUGUUGAGUUUUUCUACGACUGCAAUUCAAAGAAGGAUUUCAUCUUCGUCACAUACAAAGAUGAAGCCAGCAUUAAGAGGUGUUUGAAGAAGAAAUACCUCAACAUCCAGGGCUUCUGGUGUAAGCUGGAGAUUGCCCGGCCAAAAGAAGAGUACCUGCAGCAGCGGCACUUUUAGAGAGAUUUUUUUGGGGGUGAUUUUAAGCCUUUAUUAUAGACCAUAGAGAGAUGCAACAAAGACCCCAGGGGUGGAAGAAGUUCUCAGAUCUUCUGCUCAAGUAGCAGCAGCAAUACUGAAGUGUAGAAAUACUCCGUUAUUAAAAGUCCUGCAUUCAAGUUUUUACUGAAGUAAAACUGCAAAAGUAUUGAUCCAUGCGAUAUGUCAUUCAUUUUCAGUUAUGCCCAGAAACAUUACAACCAUUGUGUGUACAUGCAACGCCUUCUCAACUCAUCAAAUACUGCCAUUUUGUCAGAGGACCUAUUUUACAUUGAAAUAUGACACUAGGUAGCCUCCUGUGUCAAUUUUGGACAUACUGGGACAACGCGUCAAUAGCCGCUUGUUGCAUGCAUUCCAUCUUUUCUGAACACAAACGAAAUCUAGUUUUUGCUCGUCACAUGCAUACAGUCUUUUUGAAAAUAAACGUCCAAAACACCCCAUUUUAUGUUUAAUUCCUUAUGUUUAGGCAACAAAAGCACAUGGUUAAAUUUAGAAUAAAACAUCAUGAGUACAAUUGUUACUGACAUCAUAUAACAUAACGUGACAUACGGCAGUGUAGCAUGCUACAGAUACCAGCGCAGUACUUUGUUAUAAAAAUAACCCCAGUGACUUUUGUCAUCAAGUCAUCAAACAAAUGAAGUGAAGUAAAAAGUAAUUUUAGCCUCUUAAAAUAUAGUGGAGUAGAGGUAGGGUUAGGAUUAGUAGAACGUAGCAGAAAAUGGAUUUACUCAAGUAAAGAACAAGUAGCUAGUAAGUAAAUGUACCUAAUUACCUUCCACCACAAGUACUAGGACUAGUUUAGUGAAGAAGGUAUAAUCACAUUUAACUGACAGGUAAGGUGUGUUAAUAAAAAAUGUAAUGGUUGAAUUAUUUUCUCACUAAAUUACCUUUUUAAAUGUGACUUUGUAAUAUUUUAGAUCUGAGAUGUUUGGGAUGAAAGGUGCGUGACCCUGUUGUAUGUCCUUCCCCAGGUCUCCUGUGAACCAGCAGAAGUUAACCUGACUGGACCUCUUUUAUGACCUUCAGACAGAGAACAAGCACAAUGUCACUUUUCUUUAAAAAUAAUUAAAACUUUUAGGUUUUACUUCGUCCUUUGGUGAUAUUGUCAUGUACUUUUUGGUACCUUUUUUGAUUCUAAUGUACUGUAAGGGUUGUAUUUUACAUGUUUGCCGGCUUUAAAGGUCGAACAUCUUGGUGCUGCAAAGGAGUGUUUUUCGACUAAUAAAUACUUUGCAGUAAUUUUUUGUUUGUUCUGUUGCUUCAAGGUUUUGAGGUGAAAGAUUAAUAAGUUGUUUAACAGGUUUAUAAUUCAAAUUCAUUUGUCAACAUUCAUUUCUCUUGGUCUUUUUGUAGCCACACAAUCCAAUGAUCCGUAACGAAUGUGAGCGUAACUCUAGAAUUGUCUUUCACAUGAAGCAAAAUCAUGUGAGCCAAAAUUAAAUAAAUACAUACACUGCAUCAUAUUGUGGUCAUUUUGACAGGUAUUGCAAUGAUUCGUACUUUUGGGGGGAGGAAUCAUUCUUGCAGUAUAAUAUUUUGUCACAGUUUACCUUUAUCAAAACAUAAGGAGGUGCCCAGUGGAUCAGUGGUUAGAGCAGAGAUCCCAUGAUGUGGCCUACGUCGUUGUGAGCAUUUAUACACGUGCAGUGGUGUCUGUGUCACUCUGCAGUUACACCUCCAAAACACUAGUCGGCGCCAAAGGUCUCUGUGAAGUGCUGUAAAAUCUAGUUGAUUCAAAACACACCUAAACACACAUUAAACAUGGCUCAAUAGUGAAAAUUUCAAACACAAGUACACAAAUCACCUUCACUAUAACUCACAGCAUUCACAGAUGAAUCAUUUCUAUUUUACUGGACACAUUUCCCCACAAAUACAGCAUGCUAAUAUUUUUUAGCACAAGCCUAUGGCAUUUUACAUUGUAUAAAUUAGGCUAGGGGCUUGCGGACAUUUCCUCUACUCGUAUGAAGCCAGGGACAACAGCAACAUUUAACAAAGGUAACGUUACAUAAUUCAGCUCCAUUACAACUCAUGAGGUUCACUGACAAAACAAGUGGCUUAUACUUAACACGUUUUCCAAACAAAUAACGUUAUAACACGCUAACAUCAUUAGCACAAGCUUAUGGCAUUUUACAUUGUAUAAAUUAGCCUAGCGAAGAGCGGAGAUUUCCUCUGCCUGGAUAAAUCACACACAAGACUGAAAAUGCUAUUUUGUGGCUUUGUUGUCUUCACAAUUUAUUGUUUUUAAUCUGUGAAAUUAAAGUUUUAGUGCUGAUAUUGAAAUAUAAUGCAGAAUGCUGCUACAGUGCUCAUCUAGCAGGGCAAGAAAGAAAAAGUAAACUUUGAAAAACAUGGCGUCCUAAACAGAGCAAAUCUCAAAGCUACGGUGUCCUGCCAGGGACAAACAGCGUGAUCUGCCACCUCUGCUGCGAAAUAGACGGCGCAACAGCGACUCCUACUGGUUUGAACAGGUAGCUGCCUAACAUAGGCUUAUGAAUGCAUCAUAAAAUAAUAAUUUGAAUUAUUUUAUAUUUGCUUACAUACCUAUUUUAUGCAGAGUGUAACAACACUAAUGUAAAUUCAUGAACAAAUGCCUCACAACUGUGAAACUCAUGAAUUUAAAAGGCAUGAAUGCCUCACAAGUAUGGUAUUAAUUAUCUACGCCUAAUUGGCCUACUCAUAUUUUUCGGGUAGUGCUUGAAUGCAUCAUAAUGCUGCUCAGUGCAACUGAUCCAUUACUCACAACACAUGCUGGUGCAUUUUCACACAAUCACACCUGCGGCCCCCUGAAACAGUUGAGUUGAAUGUGCUGUGCUCAAGGGCACAACAGAAAUAGAUGAGAUAACAGUGACUAAUAUUCUUCAUCACCUCUUAAUUAGUGUGAAUCAGCUCUUGCCCCACUCAUCGGUAUCAAGAAACAGUUGCUGUAAAUCUGUCAACUAUUAACAAUCCCUAAAAAAUGAGGUGGUGAGAUCAGAGUGACGGUGGGGGGGAAAACACACGACGUCUUGUGAGUGUUUCUGAGAUGCCUCAACCUGCCAGACCACAAAUAGCUUUCCAUGCCAUAACUCUGUGCAAGGCAACUCAACCCCGCUGCAGCCCUCGGGAGGGGCGCCGACAGCUCGGAAGCGCUCGAUGAUGUCAAGUUUAGUGACAGGCUGUACCAGGUGGAGAGACUGAGAAUAGCUCGGUCAUGGACUGAUCCAAGUGCACAAGACACGCGUUGCAACAUUCAGGCGUCUCGUAAUCAUAAAGUCAAGUGCGUCACGGUAACGUUACGGGAACUCGCUGUCCUUUUAUACACAUACAUUUGGCACUUUAUAAGUGAGACGAGUGCGCGCAGGCACCAGACGAAGAAACUUGACAUUCAGCCAGCUCAGACACAAGCACGCAUUACACAACUCUGCUUUGAUUCUCCUCCGAGUGUUUUCAAUUAAAGUCACAAUAUGGGACAACACGGGUCCAAAUCCUCCAUAGAGGCGCGAGUGAUUUUUCAGCGCUUUGGCGAAGUGGACAUGUACCAGAGAAUCGACGCAAGUUGCACCCCAGCCCCUGUUGUCCGCAUUCAGAAGAAGGUGAUCAGUCAGUCGGCUUGUGUUCACUCUUCCUCCCGGGCACUGGAGAAGUCAACAUCUUGGAGUCAAAGCCGCGGUGACGCCGGGGGGCUAGUGUACGUGAUGGACAAUCCAACUGGAGGCGUGUGGGUGAAGCCGGGAGAGAAAUGGGCCAGAUCUUGAUACAAGCAAACAAAGAAAUCUUCAGGUGAAUUGCAAUCGAAGUCUUCGAUUAAAUUAAGAUGAGGCACCUCGUGCAUGGAUGCACUCUGUGUGUCCCGAAGCUUGGGCGUCUUGGGCGCAGCAGGAUGCCGCUGAUUUGGGUUCCUGCACUGAGGUGCGCGUCCUCACUGCAGCGUGUGGAGUCAAGGUGGAUUUGUAUCGUCUCCGUGACAUGGAAGAGUUCUGGAAGGCUGGACUGAUCACUGUGAUUUAUUAAUUUAGUCUAUAUGAGACAUUCAUAUAUACAGUGUCAGACUGCGCGAGGGGAAGACGAUGAAAUGGGAAGAGUGGCAUGUGUCGUGCAAAGAGAGACAACGUCUUCUUUGCGCCACUGUGUCGUCUCCAACAAGACUAUGAGCUGUUAUCUCUGUGUUUAUAAAAAUGAAUACACGUAAAUAUAUUUUUCUGUUUAAAUUUUUAUAAGAAUGUGUAGAUCAAAUGAAAGAAGGGAGUUUGGGUUAAAGGAACAGUGUGUACAAUUUAGGGAGAUUUACUGGCAUCUAGCGUGAGGACUGCACAUUGCAGUUGAAACUUCUCUUAGGAUACCUUCAUGUUAAGGAGAUUUUUACCAGGAGCUGAAUUCUCCCCAGGGGUCUCCUCCUCUGCAGAAUGGACCCGGUGAUUUAAGAAACACUAAAUACAGCAUUUUCAUAUAAACAAAACAAAAUAUUAACAAAAAACCCCUCAACAAACAAACAAAUUGGUGUUUUUCCAAUGCUCUUGUUGCAGAGGUGCUGUGAUAGUGGCUGAUGCAAAAACACCCAUAGGCCUAGCUGGAGCCAGUGUUUGGUAAACGGCUCAUUCAAAGACAAUUCUUAUUUUAAAGUGAUUAUGGAGGACUUAUACUAUGUUCCAUUUCUGCAAAUAUUCCCACUAAAUUUUACACACUGGACCUUUAAGUUUGCACUGAGAGUUUUUUGUUUGCAAACGUCUUGUGAUCACAGCUAACAACCACUCUGCUAUUUAAAAUGCCUGGAGUGGUUUGCAAGCACUACUGCCAACUGUGUCAAGGUGAAAAGUUCAUCUUUCCAAUGGCUGACCAGCUCUCAUUUAUUUUUCCGUCCUUUUUAUUUGACGUUAUCUUUUGUCUUUUUAGAGCUGAUUUCAUGCUUGUAUGUAAAUGCACAAAGAAAUUGAAAUUUGAAAUUAAAUGUUUCUCAGUUUGAAUAUGGACUGGAGGUCUGUGUUGACUCAGGACUGAAUGUUUGUCCAGAAUGUCUCUCAAUAACUGGAAGAUGUCUUUGAGGAAGUUCGAAGGAAGAAGGUGCAGCAUCAGAGGGUUAACAACAUCUUGACAUUUAACCUUUUGGUCAAGAGUUGGACUGUGUGGACUGUUUGAAAAGUGUGUUGAAAUGAAGAAUUUAACGACUUAAAUCGCCAUGAUGCUUUCUUUAUUUAUUGUACAGAGAAGGCUAUUGCCAGUUCAGGAAGAAACUGCAUUUCUUUCUUUAGCAGAAGUCUGAAUAUGUUUACCUACUGAUUGUCACUUACACCGAGGCAACAACUGUGUUGUAUAUGUUAUUAAAACCUCUAAACUGUGUCGGAAUGUAAUUUCAGGUAAAUGAUUGUAUCUCAUUCGUACAACAUGUGUGUAUCCAAGGCACUGUGCACCAUGGUCCGAUAUAUAUUUUUAAAUAAAAAACUCUUUUGACCUUUA